CUCUUGUUUAUAUUAACCGCCAUGCUUCUCAAAGCCUUUGCCCGUCCUGCUGUCUUGAACAACGUUGCCAGUAACAUGGUCUCCCGCUCUUUCGCUUCCCAGGUCAGCUCUAUCCCCACCCCUGCCCCCGUUGAGCAGACUACCAUCUUCCCCAAGAAGUACGGAGGCAAAUACACUGUCACCUUGAUUCCUGGUGAUGGUAUCGGUCAGGAAAUCGCUGCCUCCUUGAAGGAUGUCUUCAAGGCUGCAAACGUCCCUGUCGAGUUUGAGCAGUAUGAUGUCUCUGGUUUGACCUCUUCCGAUGAGGCUCUCUUCCAGGAAUCUCUUGCAUCCCUCCGUCGCAACAAGAUUGGUAUCAAGGGUGUCAUGUUCACUCCCACAUCCAUGCUCGGUCACAAAUCCUUCAACGUCACCAUGCGCAAGGAUCUCGACAUGUACGCCUCUCUUUCUCUCUGCAAGAACGUCCCCGGCGUUCCUUCCCGUCUCAGCAACGUUGAUAUUGCUAUCAUCCGUGAGAACACUGAGGGUGAAUACUCUGGUCUUGAGCACCAGUCCGUCCCCGGUGUCGUCGAGUCCUUGAAGAUUAUUACCCGCACCAAGACUGAGCGCAUUGCCCGUUUUGCCUUUGAUUUCGCUUUGAAGAACAACCGCAAGAAGGUCACCAUCGUCCACAAGGCUAACAUCAUGAAGCUUGCUGACGGUCUUUUCUUGCGUACCUGUCGCGAGGUCGCUGAAGAAUACAAGCACCACGGUAUUGCAUACAACGACAUGAUUGUCGAUAACACUGCCAUGCAGCUUGUAUCUCGUCCCCAGCAGUUCGAUGUUAUGGUCAUGCCCAACUUGUACGGUAACAUUGUCUCUAACGUCGGUGCUGGUUUGAUUGGUAGCCCCGGUCUUAUUCCCGGUUGCAACAUUGGCCGUGAAUACGCUAUUUUCGAGCCCGGAUGUCGCCACGUUGGCCUCGACUUGCAGGACAAGAACGCUGCUAACCCCACUGCCAUGCUCUUGUCUUCCGUCAUGAUGCUCAGACACUUGAACUUGCACGAGCAUGCCAACCGCAUCUCCAACGCUGUCUAUGAGACUAUCGAGUCUGGCGCGGCCCGUACUGCUGACAUUGGCGGUACCCAGACCACCAAGGAGUUCACUGCUGCUGUCAUCACCAAGCUGUAAAUUGAGUGACACCUCAUGAAUUCUCUUUUCAUCAACUUGCAUUUUCAAGCGAAACAUAAACGCUCUCUACUCUUGUUAGAAAAUAAGAAAAACAACCAUUCAAUAGAUAUUUUUUUUUCAACC